UUCUUUUCUGAACAUUUUGUAGGAGUGAAUAACUGUCUAGAGCUGCUAGGAAACUAAAGGACAAAGAGGCAUCAAUUUACGAUCCUCCCUGGUGUUCAGCACAUCGAACUGUGGAGUUUAUCAAUAUGGAUGUCCUUAGCAAAGUAAAAAAAUGGCUUGUGACUCUUGUUACUCUGAAUAAGGUCGUGGCCCCUGUUUUGCCUGAUAUUGUGAAACAAGGAAUGGAAAACCUCUAUGCAUUCCUGGACAACUUUCUUAAUGGCUUAGCGACACCAUGCAGUCUAGCAACACUGACCUACACGGAUGUCUGCCAUCUUGCAGUCACUCCAAGUCCUGUUUCUUCGCUGAAAGACUUAUAUUUUGGGAAUAUUAACAACAAUUCUGAUAUCCAUGGAAAGAAGACAAAGAAGUACAACUAUAAUGUAAGCAGCCCGGUUGAUCUUGCCAAGCUGUACCUCCCAAACUUUCUCGCAGUAUUCUCGGCAUUUGACCAAUCCAUGGAUUUGAGUGCCGCUCUCAGACUCUUAGGAAGUAGAAAGUACCCCAUGCAAAUAUAUGUCUCUUCCGAUCCUUUGUAUGAUAUCAAGUCACUGGCGGAUGAUGUCAGAGAGAAUGUUAGGAAUAGAGCAAGUCAUUUUGGUGAGAGUGAAUGGACUCAAAUCUUCUUCGACCAAUGUUUUGACAAGCUUAAGAAUCUAGUCCAAGGUCUGCCUCUGAAUGUGGCCAAAAAGAAGGAGCUUUUAGACCAACUUUCAGAAUGGAAGGCCGAAGGUUUCCAACGGAUUAUUGACGAAGAUGUCAAAGAAGUAAUGGAAAAAUUCCAAAAUGCGAAACUUGCUGCAAUUGAUGAGAAACUGGAUGACAUUCCGACGAAAGAAGAGAGAGAGAAAGCAACAGAAAAGCUGCUUUCCUUUCUGCGCAGUAUGAUAGAUAGAUUCGAAGACUUAUUUCGGAAAGUUGAGCACAAGCUAGACGGCAUCAGUGUCAAGCCUCUUAGUGAAAACAGCAGAAAGAGCGUUCACCCUACAAGAUCUAGCGUUUUAUCUACAGACGUUACUUCCAAAGAAAUGCGCCAAAUAGGAAAUAAGUACAAGAACCCAGAAUCGACCGGCGGGCUAAGAGCUAAAAUUGCAAAAUUAUCAAGGGGGACAUUGCACAAAGCUGCAAUCAGCGGUCGACGUGACUUUGUUGAAUUACUCCUUGAAAAUGGUGAAGAUGUGGAUCAGAGAGAUGAGUUUAAUUUGACGCCCCUACACCUUGCCGCAUGGUAUGGAAAGAGAGCUGUUGUAGAACUCUUGUUACGGCACGGUGCAAAUGUCAAUGCCGUAGAUAGGUUUCAAAAAACAGCUCUUCAAAAGGCUGAACGCAACAAUCAUCGAACCAUAGUUGAGCUGCUCCUGAGAAAUAAUGCGACUCCCAGUUACAACCAACCGAUGAUUUACUGUCCGUUAGUUUUGUUACAGCCAAGCCUCAGGUCCCUUUCAAGGAAAGCCUUUCUGCACGUAGAUCCACGAUCCGGGUUCAAUCGACUACAAGCGGCUGUAUUUCACGGCGACUUUGACACGUUUUUGAAAGCUCAAGGCUGUCUUGAAAAUUAUGUUCAAGACAUGAAUUUUCAAAAAACAGGAAGCCAAGCAAACAUUUUUCCUGGCAAAACUGCGUCGCAAAUUCUCUUGGCUCUUCAAGAAAAAGGAGAAGGAAAUGUUGAAAUGGGAAAACUGUACAAAGAUAGCGUCGAGAAGAGCGAUACAUUAACUGAGUUGCAUUUAUGUAGAACCAACGAUGAUGCGGAGAGGGCUGUGGAGAUUGUUUUAAACGAGGGUGAAGAUAUAAACAUACCAGGAAAGAGCAACCGCACACCUUUACUUUGGGCAAGUCAAUCAUCCUCUGGUGAGUUUGUCCAGACCCUCGUAGAUCUUGGAGCUGACGUAAAUGCUCAGAGGACAGACGAUAAGGUUCCAACUUUGACUAUGGCGGCUGAUUGGAACAACUACACAGCUACUGACAUCCUUUUGAGGCAUGGAGCUCUUGUAGACAUUCAAGAUGGAGAUGGAUGGACUCCGUUGCAUUGCUGUGCAAGUAGAAGAUUAUCAAGUGUCUCCCAACUUCUGAUGGAUUUUGGAUGCGACAUUAACUUACGAACCAACAACGGACAAACCUUACUUUUUUUUGCAGUCAAGAAUAAACAUGAACACUUAGUGAAAUGUUUACUUGAAAGGAACGCUGAUGUGAAUUUGAAAUACAAGGAGAAUGCAAGUGAAAGAAUUUAUCUUGUUGAAGGGAAGGACAGAGGAAAACCAUCUUGGCAUUAUGUUCUGGCACAAAAAGCUUUGUUGCCCUUGUUUUUGAAGCGGGCCAAAGGUGGUAGUCUCGAUGUUGGUGUCUUUGGAGAAGUCCUCACGUCAGGACGGGGAAGGGAUCCUCCCGAGAGCGUAACGAUGAAAAUCACAGAGAAAGCAAACACCUUUCCUGACAUACACGGCCUUACAGUACUUCAUUUUGCAAGUAUGAGUGGUACUCCCGAGAUUAUAGAACUGCUGGUGAAGAACAAUGCCGAUAUAAACGGAUGCGAUGGAGAUGGCUUCACCCCACUGCAUUUGGCAGCGAUUCAUGGAAACGUUCCAGUAGUUAAAAAGCUGGUUGAACUCAAUGCUGAUGUAAACUUGAAAGUGGAUGGAAAUGAUGCGGCUGACUUGGCGCAUAUGAACAAAGAAACAGAAAUUGAGGAAUUUCUCAAAACUAAGAGAAGUUCACCCUUAAAAGACACAGACAUUUAGUCAGUGCAAUGUCAGUCGUUUUCAAAACGUAGCAAAAGGGGCAGAACGUGGCUUAAGCUUCAUCAAGGAGAACUUUGUUAGACACAAUUAAGGUUAACUAUGAAAUUCCUAUGCAAUUGACCAUCGAGAAAGUUCGAAAUCAAUUUAUGUGGCACUAGUACUUCCAGUGCUGCUUGAACCGACUUGGCAAAUGCAGAUUCUAGCAAACUAGUUUUUCUUCACUCAAAUUUGAAGUAGCUUCUACGUAGGCUGAGACGAAAAAAUUGAUUUGAUUGACCGAGAGGAUUGGGUAGGUUUGUUAACCAAUCACAGAGAGUGGUCUAACGAUACCAACGCAAUCCCGUGUCACUUUUACACACAAAGUUAAACCAAUUGAAAGUAAUUUAAUAGUUGUUUAACGCUGUAGGUCGGUAUUGAAACGAGUAAAGUACCGGUGUACGUCGACAAUCUUCAUUUCAAGUUGAUACUUCAUGAGAAAUAAAUAUCACGAGCACUCAU